AUGAACAUUGUCGAUGAUGUGUUGGGGGAAUUGGGUUCUGUGUCGUUUGAUAAUUUGCAUACUGGUUCAGCCAUAGCCAAGUUGUUGGAUUUGUUGGGUUCUCAAUUCUCGUUCAAACCGAUUACUAGGUUCCCCUCGUUGGAAUUGUAUGUGUGUCUGGAUAGAGGUCCGGUCCUUGGAGAGAUCGCGAUCAUGUUGCGUGUACUAGCAACUCCAAGUCGUUUGAUGACGGAGAGUUCAAUAAAAGAGUAUUUCUCUUCGGUGGAAAGGUCAGUACUGUGUGUUACUCAGCUGGAACAGCCUGUGGAACCCAGAAUCGUGUUUAAUCGAAAGGUGUUUGAACAAGAAUUCAAACUUGGUUGGAAGCCUGAUCGGGGAGACAAUAGCCCAGUUUACAUAUAAGAUGACGUGGUAUCACCAACUAAUAAUAAUAAUAAUAAACUGUCUUCCUGAGUGUAGAUGGUCGAGAAUCCUAGGCUGGCAGAGUUAAGUUGAUGACUGGCUUUGGUUGUUCAGCAAGCAAUGUGUGAUGUAUUGCUUUGUUUUAUCUUGUAAGAAGUACAAGUGUUGUGUUGUUUUUUAUACUUGAAUCUAACUCCGAUGGUUGAAAGAUAAGAUACAUGGAGGCUGUGUUUUUUGUUAUAGGUGUUUAUGCUUUUCCCUUUCUUCUAAGUGCCAUAUUUUCCUAUCAAUAAAUAAUCAGUUUGUUUAUUAAAAAAAAGGAAAAAGAAAAAAGGGAAAAUAGAACUUUACAAAAUCAAUAAUACUAGUUGGAUCUAAUUUGUUAACAAACUUAACUAAUCUAGUUUAUCGCAACUAUUGGAUUAACUGUAAGUUU